AUGUAUUCUAUUGGAGAUAUGUUUUCUCCACUUGAUACAGUCCGCUUUGAAGAUGGGUCUAGUCAACAUGUACCCUCAGUAUAUAGCCAAACUUUUCCAAGGACAAGUUUCUCAAUGCUCAAAAGCUCUAGUUCGUUUUCAGAAGUUUUUGGCAACACCGAAUCGGUCGUGUCAACAUCAUACUCCAACUCUAUGUCCGAAAUUAAGAAAGAAAUUGUGGUCAAAGAUGCAGAGUUGUUGAGAAGAGGCUGGCGGUUCUAUGGCACAUUCGCCUGUUUGGCAUUACUCAAUCUGAUCUGUGCUAUCGAUGCCACUAUUCUCGCCGUUGCCUUACCUACAGUUGCCACAGAUCUCAAAGGAACCACCGCCAUCCAAGCUUUCUGGUGCGGGACAGCGUUUCUGUUAACCUCAACCGUCUUCCAACCCUCUUGGGCCCAAUUCUCAAAUAGCAUAGGAAGAAAGUCAGUCCUGCUGACUGCAUUACUUCUAUUUACUAUUGGGACAAUCAUCGCUUCAGUUGCCAAGAGUAUUUCCGCCUUGCUUGUUGGCAGAUGCGUGCAAGGAGUCGGAGGAGGCGGGCUCGUUGGGUUGACAUAUGUUAUCGUAUCUGACAUGGUCACUCUCCGAGAGAGAGGCAAAUGGUUCUCGGUGAUAUCUUUGCAAUGGGCUAUUGGGAGUGUGCUCGGUCCUGUCAUUGGCGGUAGUUUUGCCGAGCACACAACUUGGAGAUGGAUAUUUUGGUUGAAUAUCCCAUUCUGUGUCUUUGCAGCCAUCGGUAUCCCUAUCUGCCUUCGACUCACUCCGAGAGAGGGGUCCGUUUGGGAGAGGUUGAAGCAUUUCGACUGGCUUGGCUCUUUCAUCUUCGUUGCUGCCACAACAAGCUUCCUUAUUCCACUCACUUGGGGCGGUGUCAUGUACGAAUGGCUGAGCUGGAGGACCCUUGUACCUCUCAUUCUCGGCAUCUUUGGCUUGAUCGGUUUCGUAGUCUAUUCCGUCUACUUGUCAACAGAACCCCUUAUUCGCCGAAGUCUGUUCAACACCUCAACUUCGAUCGUUGCAUAUUCCGGAACCCUUAUUCACGGUAUAGUAGUUUGGAGUUUGCUGUACUAUAUGCCACUUUAUUUUGAAGUGGCUAAGAACUACUCUCCGGUAACUUCUGGCGUCGCCAUCUUCCCUUUUACAUUCACUAUCGCUCCAGCUGCAGUCAUGGUGGGUAUCAUAAUAACCAAGAGCGGACGAUAUAGGCCAUCAAUUUGGAUAGGCUGGUUCCUCACAACUUUCGGCAUGGGGUUACUGAUCUACCUCCAACCAUCCACGAAUAUGCCGUCAUGGAUCUUCCUUUCCUUGGUCGGUGGUUUUGGUACAGGAAUGCUAUUCUCCGCACAAGGCUUCGCAGCCCAAGCAUCAUCCUCCAAUGCUGACCUACCAUUUGCCGGUGCAAUGUAUUCGUUCUUCCGAGCAUUCGGCCAGACCUUAGGAGUCGCCAUCUCUGGUGUGAUUUUCCAAAACACAUUUAAGCAAAAUAUCAAAGCGACUGUGUAUGCCAGUUUUGCUGAAGAAUGGUCUCGGGAAGCGAGCAGUUUCGUGCAAGUCGUGAAGGCAUGGCCUCAUGAAGGGGAGAAGGGCAUCAUGCGAGAAGUGGUGAUUAAGGCAUAUGUUGAUAGCUUGAGAAUGAUAUGGGUGGUAAUAUGUGUGCUGGCUGGAACUGCAUUUCUAUGUUCUCUGAUUUGGGUCAAGGAGAUCAGCUUGGAGAGAGACUUGGAGACUGAUCAGGCCUUCAUUCAUCAUCGGAAGACUGCCUCGACUGACGAGGAGAGCAACUCUAAGUCGUGA